CUGGGCUUCUCCCUGGACCAGAGGAUCUCAUGUCCUCUGGGAGAAGUUCCAGAUGUGGUCCUUGCCAGGAAGGCUACUUCCUAGUUCCUGGCAUGCAGGCUUCAGGCAGUCAGAGAAGGAGGGGGUCACCCAUGGUUCCUGGUCAUUCUCCAUCUAUCCAAGCCCUGUCACCAUGGUUACCCUUGGCCGUUUCUGAGCUUCAACUCGCACAACAGUUGGGAGUGGAGAGCUGGGGCAGUUUGUGGCCUAAGGGCCCCCAGAUGCCUCAGGCUGACUACCCCUGCCCCCACCUCCAGUAUGGCAUUGUCCUGGAUGCUGGCUCUUCACACACAUCCAUGUUUGUCUACAAGUGGCCAGCAGACAAGGAAAAUGACACUGGCAUUGUGGGCCAGCACAGCUCCUGUGAUGUUCAGGGUGGGGGCAUCUCCAGCUAUGCAGAUGACCCUUCUGGGGCUGGCCAGAGUCUGGUCGAAUGCCUUGAACAGGCACUUCGGGACGUGCCCAAAGACAGACAUGCCAGCACGCCACUCUACCUGGGAGCCACAGCAGGCAUGCGUCUGCUCAACCUGACCAAUCCAGAGGCGUCGGCCAGCGUGCUUACAGCAGUGAUGCAGACCCUGACCCGGUACCCCUUUGACUUCCGUGGUGCCCGCAUCCUCUCUGGUCAGGAUGAGGGGGUGUUUGGCUGGGUGACUGCCAACUACCUGCUGGAGAACUUCAUCAAGUAUGGCUGGGUAGGCCGGUGGUUCCGGCCAAGGAAGGGAACCCUGGGGGCCAUGGACCUGGGGGGUGCCUCCACACAGAUCACCUUUGAGACAGCCAGUCCAGCUGAGGAUCCAGCCAAUGAGGUCCACCUGCGACUCUAUGGCCAGCACUACAGAGUCUACACCCACAGCUUCCUCUGCUACGGCCGAGACCAGGUCCUCCAGAGGUUGCUGGCCAGUGCCCUCCAGACCCACAGCUUCCAUCCCUGCUGGCCGAGGGGCUAUUCCUCCCAAGUUCUGCUGGGGGAUGUGUACCAGUCUCCAUGUACCGCAUCUCAGCGGCCUCAGACUUUCAACAGCAGUGCCAGGGUCAGCCUGUCGGGGACCAGCAAUCCUGCUCUCUGCCGCGGCCUUGUUUCUGGGCUCUUUGACUUCUCCUCCUGCCCCUUCUCCCGAUGCUCCUUCAAUGGGACCUUCCAGCCUCCUGUGACUGGGAACUUCAUCGCCUUCUCUGCUUUCUACUACACUGUGGACUUCCUGAGGACUGUGAUGGGGCUGCCCGUGGCCACCCUACAGCAGCUGGAGGUGGCCACAGUGACCAUCUGCAACCAAACCUGGGCUGAGCUGCAGGCCCGGGCGCCAGGACAGCAGGCUCGCCUGGUUGACUACUGUGCCGGGGCCAUGUUCGUGCAGCAGCUGCUGAGCCGCGGCUACGGCUUCGAUGAGCGCACCUUCCGCGGUGUGGCCUUCCAGAAGAAGGCAGCGGACACGGCUGUCGGCUGGGCGUUGGGCUACAUGCUGAACCUGACCAACAUGAUCCCCGCGGACCCUCCAGGGCUGCGCAAGGGCACCGACUUCAGCUCCUGGGUCGCUCUCCUCCUGCUCUUCGCCGCCCUGCUCCUCGCCGCCCUCCUCCUCCUUCUGCGCCAGGUGCGCUCCGCCAAGUCCACUAGUGCCAUCUAGGGG